CUCUGCAGUAAUAAAUACGAAGUGAAAAUGUAGCGAGCCUUUGUUUUGCGAGGCUUUCGGGUGGUACAACUUGCAAGUUCGAUUUUGAUUGCGUUUGUGUACAUUCUGUUGCUGGCAGGACAAGAAGAGAAGAAGUCCAUUUUCCUGAUUGCCGUUGAAACAAAAAAGGAACACCUGCGGAGCCCCAUCAGAAUUGGACUGGACUUCAUCUUCACGUUGUCUCUGCUUGAAUUACAAAUGAAUAGGCCUACUAUUAGCGCGUAAUCGGAGCAGUUCGGAAGGGUCCCGAAAGCAAACGGCGCGAAGAGGUGGAGCCAGGCAGGCGAAAAGGCCGAAUGGCAGGCCAAUUCAUCAUCGACUCCCCACCGGUACGAAAGCCCCGUGCAUCGCGGUCCCUCCCAUCAUCGCGAAGGAUGGGUGCGUUUGCGCCUGACUGCACGCUUCAUUUGACGCGUGCGUCUGGCCCGCGCACUUAAGCUCGCGGAGGAAAAAGGGAAGAGGACCGUGCGGCUGGGUUUCUUCUUUCCCGGCGACCGAACAUGCGUUGGCUGGCAGCGCGGCGGGAAUAUGAGAGCUGCUCGAUCUAAGCCGUAGACGAGCGCAGCGAUCAUGCAGCAUCCCUUGGAAAUCGGGGCGUUUUACUGCCCUCCGGAAGUUCACGGGACGCAUCGCUACCGGAGCUUCAUGAUUGAAGAGAUCCUCACCGAUCACCCGCGGCGCAAAGUUGCGGCGCCGACGAGAGAGCUCCUCAAAUUCGGAGUACACGCGAUCCUCUCCGCGCGAGCCUUCCGUCACCAAACGGUGCUGAAGGCCGACCAGACGAGCCUGCUGAAGUUCCCCCUGUCCCCGCUCGGCUCCGCGCCGCUUUCGGCGGCUGCGAGCGCGCCAGCGCCAAACUUCCUGCUCGACCUUCACCUGCGGGGCAAACUGGAGCGGGCGUCUGACGGAACCGGCAAAAGCAAGAAGGGCCGCAGGAGCCGAACCGUGUUCACCGAACUGCAGUUGAUGGGCCUGGAAAAACGCUUCGAGAAGCAAAAGUAUUUGUCCACCCCCGACAGGAUAGACCUGGCCGAGUCUUUGGGUCUGAGUCAACUCCAAGUCAAAACGUGGUAUCAGAACAGACGGAUGAAAUGGAAGAAAAUGGUGCUGCAGGGAGGAGGCCUCGAGUCGCCGACCAAACCCAAAGGCCGUCCGAAGAAGAACUCGAUCCCGAGCGGUGAGCAACUGUCCAAGCCGGCAUCGCCCUGUGCCCCCGAAUAUCAGUCCCGAGGCGUGGAGGAGGAGCGCCUUAAUUGACUAACCCGUCGAGCAACGACGGGGAUGAACGGCGGUUCCGCUCGCUGGACUUUUGCCGCAAGCUUUCUGAACGAACAAGCGGCGCUGUAGAAAAAAAAAAAAGAAGGAUAUUUUAAAUCGCAGCCUCGACGAAGCGGCUGCAUUUUGACCUUUUCUACUUGGUGCAUUUCAUCUGUGUAUGUUAUGAAUCCUUAUUAAAUCUAUUUUCACUAAUACAAUCCCUCGAUUUCUUUUGCGCGAAGCCUAUAGCUUGGGCGCGGACCACCCUGGACCAAUAGAAGCACGAGCAUUCACAAUUCCGAGUGUUUCGUUGAAGUCAGGAGCCCGUUUUGGGGGAGGAGGUCGCAAACCCACGCGGGGACCGUCCGAUACACGCUCAAUUGAUCAACGUCUUCGGAAUCCGCAUAAAUGGUUGCGUUCCUUUCAUUCAAG